GAGCGCAGGUAGUACAAAUCAGUCAAUGUAGGUGGUGCAAUGCUGGUGGGUUUCGAAACCAGCUCUAAAUAACGGCCAGUGACGGAUUUUGCGGAAAGAACCCUCUAGUUUCAACUUGCAUUUUUGGAAGAGAUUCCUCCGUUUCUCAAUCUUGCCGUCUUCAAUGGAUAUUGUAAAUUAGAACUUGCCGAUUCUAGAAAGUCUCUAAUGUGCUCAUGAGAUCUUCUGGAGUCAUAAUGAACAGAACAUGAGACGUGAAUAUUGGUUGCCAUUUCGAGAUCCCCUUUGUCCACUGCAAUGAAUCUCUUCAUCACCUGCGGUCUUCUCAUCUUGCAUGUCUCGUCGUGUGUGGCUCAGCGUUAUGCCGAGAGGAAUCCGUUACCCGUGGAAACCUUACCUGUCGACGAAAACUACUAUGACGAGGACUAUUUGGAAGGCUACGAUUUCUACGAGAAUAAGGACAUUUACAGGUGGAACGUAGAUGAGUUCCCGCACCCCCAAGAAACAUUUAAAUUUUGCAACAGGGUGAAGCCUUCUUACGUCUGUGAUCCCGAUCAGGUGUUGGAAAAAGAAGAAGCUGACAAGCUGGAUACGUUCAUCCGACAGUUGUACAGUGAAACACCAUGCAUUUGCGAUGACUGCAGAAAUGAAACUGGAGGUAUAAUUGUUGGAAUCGCUUUACUGAAACAUAUGUUUCAGCCUUAUAAUCAGCAUCCAGCCAAAACUAUUCGCACAUUUGCCCAAACACUGCGAGAAAACUGGAAUUUGGGAAAAUGCGACAAUGACAUCCUCAUAGUUGUGGCUACCACAGACAGGCUGUCCUUCACUGAUGUGGGAAAGGAGACGUCAUAUUACGUGUCUCUCAACGAGGCACACAGAAUUUUCUUGGAAAAUAAGGCCAAUUUUACAGCUGGACAUUUCUACGAAGGACUGAGGGCCAUGCUCUCCGAUUACUAUGCAAAAACGAGGACAAUGAAAAAGAUACAAAAGAACGAGGAUAAACUGAAUUUAGGCCUUAUCACUGGAAGUAUCGUCGGUGCGGUUGUCGUUUUAGGAAUUCUUCUUUUCUUGAUAUUUUUGUUUUACAGGUAUCUGAAAAGGUCUAAAGUUCCGCAAAAUUCAAUAGAGAAACCCGACGGCAAAUCUGAAGGCGUGUCUUCCAGCUGGACAAAGCAUGACAUCAAAGUCAUGUUUGGCUCUCUGAAAUCCAACGACAAACCUUCAUCUUCGUCCGCUAAGUAUCAACCCUGUCAGACGGAUGAAAAAGACCUUCCAGCAAACGACUUCAGAAUCGAUGAAGAUGAAGUCAUCAACACAACGCUUGCGGUUUCUAGUACAACUACCACAUCACCAUCACCGAAUUCGACACAGGUGACCACAACAACCACAGUCGACAAUGACACGUCAACAACCGAACUGCUGGACAAAGAGCUAACAGAUGCCGUGGAGGGGCUCACCACCACAUUUAAACCCAAAAAAGAAUACAGGAGGCACGAAACAGAUUUAUAAACAUGUGACACAUUUACAAUGUGCGAUAGUUUUGAAAGCAUCUCAAACUCUGUUGAUGUUUUGAAAGAUGUUACGAUAUUGCUUUAUUAUUUUUACUCCUGCCGGAAAAUAUGGAAUGGUAUAAACAUUUUCGACAUUAGAAGUUCCCGAUGUGCUAUUCUCGUACUUGAUAUUGUUGUUAUCCAUUAAUCAAAGCACAUUUAAAAAGAAGUCAAAGUGAUGCAAAAUGAAAUUAUUCAGCUAGCGAAAACAUAGCAAUGUCAAGUGUUAUAUCCAUAUUCAAAAGCAACGAAGGAUUGCAAAUUCACCAACUUAUAUCUGAUAUAAGUGGUGAACCAAUAAGUUGCGCUUCUUACAUUCAUUUGAUUUAAUGGCACAGUCAAAUUCACAAAAGAUGCACAGAAUUUAUUUAGUGUGGAGUUCCAAAUGAACAUUAUCCCUGUGUCAUAUCAUAUGUAUUCAAUUCAAAAGAUCGUAGUGAUAAUUCUUGUUUAUAAUGCAAAUGAAAGCAUUAUACUAGUGGAAUUUAGAACUAGAAAUGUUUAUUUUAUUUAAAAAAAUCGUCAAUGGCCAGCUACCGAAUUUAGAAUUAAAAUGUACUUUUGUUAUGAUAUAUCUCUAAAGUUUUGAAGGGAUAAUCUAUUCCAUAAAAGGGUUUUGUGAUAUAAAUGGUACACUAUCACACAAUUUCAUUAAAUUUUUUUGAACGGUCAACAGCUUUUUAAUGCAUCUUAUAUACCACUGAACUGUGUGCAACAAGUUCUUCUAGGACUGCAAAUUUUGUCGCAGAAACUAGUCAAUCUUAUGUGAAAAUAGUUGUAUGAAGGUUUUGAAAUCAAGUAUUGCAGAACAGAGUAAUUAUAUCCUUGGACUUUAAUGCGAUUUCUUUUGCAUAUUUAAAUGUGAAUCAAUUUUAAGAAGCUUCACGCUGAAAAAUUAAAAAUGUUGCUGUAGAACAGAAAAUUUAAAAUAAGAUAAUCAUUAUUUUA